AUGGAUGAAGGGCCGUCAUGUGAUCUCUGGAGGCUUCAGGCCCUGCUGGCCAUGAGCGGCCCUGAACAAGAGGUGUUGAGUCACAGUAAAACAGGAAGCAGCAGAUUCCACAGCCCGCACGGUCAAAUGGACAGCUGCAGCGAGGCCUCUGAGCUAGAAAGUUUCAGUAUGACAUACAGAGAGCAGAGAUGUUUCAGCAGCCACCCGCUACACAAAGUCUUCUCAAACAUCCUAGCCUCUCUCGUGAAGAACCGCCUCUGCAGUGACAGGAUCGAUGUGGCGCCACCCGAGUCGGUCCUGAGAGUUCUGCUUUGCCUGCGACUGCUGAUCAGAGACCCUCAGCAUCAGAAAAUGCUGCAUCGUCUUCAAGGCGUCCGUUCACUUGCCAAGCACAUGAGCGGUGUGGCCGACAUGUACUUAGCGUGUGACGGGCAAGAGCUCGCAGCGCGGUCGCUGGUCGCCAUGACCUACACGUUCCAGAAGCUGUCAGCCGCUGAAGACCAAAGGGUCUGGGUCAUCGAGAGCGGCGCGCACACGACGCUGGUGAAGCUGCUGUCCACAACCGAUAGCAGCGUGCUGCUGGGAGCCCUCAUCGCACUCACCAGCUUGGCUGAGAGCGCGCAGUGCAGGGACGAGAUCGGGGAGCUGCAGAUUGCCGAGAACCUUCUUGUUAUCCUGCAGGAAUACGACCUCCUGUCCAAGAGGAUGGCUGCAGAGCUGCUGAGGCGUCUCUCGCCAGUGCAGUGUGUCAGAGAUCAGCUGAGGGAGCUGGAGGGCUUGCCGGUGUUGCUCAGCCUGCUGCACACCCCGCACGUUAAGCUGCUGUGGAGCGUCGCCUGGACCCUGGUACAGUUGUGCCAGGACCCCGACGCCAGGGCCGACAUACGGAGCUUAGGGGGUGUGCAGCCGCUGCUCCGGCUGCUUAACAGUCAAAGACACUCGGCCUGUGACCGCUCGUCAGUGGAGAGGCUGUCGAGCGCCCAAGCCGCUGAUCGUGUCCACAAAGGACUUCAUAGAGAGGAGGUCUGCCCCCAGGUUGAAGCCGACGACACAGCGGCCCUGCAGUCAGGCUGCUGCACAGCUCUGACUGAGCUCUGCCUGGAUGACUCGUGUGCUCAUCACAUUGUGCAGGAAAAUGGAAUCUUCAUCCUGGCAAAACUGAUUUUACCGCCAAACUCUGUUCCAAAGAUGUCGUCUCUACAGUGCUACGCAUUCCGGGCUUUGCGCUUUCUCUUCAGCGCGGAGAGGAACAGACAUCCUUUCAAGAGGCUCUUCCCGACUGACCUUUUUGAGGUUUUUAUUGACGUGGGUCAUUAUGUGCGAGACCUCCGGGCCUACGAGAGUCUUCAAAUCAUAGUUUCUCAAUAUUCUGAAGACGAGCUGGAGACCCUGAGAGAGAGCAUCAGAGCCGUGGACCAGAACCGGCCCGCGCUCAAAGUAAUCAAUAGCUACGCCAUACUGGACCAUCUCGGCACUGGCGCCUUCGGAAGCGUCUUCAAGGUCCGGAAGCAGACCGGUCAGAAUCUUCUGGCUCUAAAAGAGGUCAACCUCCGCAACCCGGCUUUCGGCAAAGACAAGAAGUCCAGAGAUAGCAACGUGGAAAAGAUCAUCUUGGAGCUGGCCAUCAUUAAAGAACAGAUGGCCCACCCAAAUGUUGUCAAGUACUACAAGACCUUCCUUGAAGACGACAAGCUGUACAUCGUGAUGGAGCUGAUCGAGGGGGUUCCUCUGCUGGAGCGUUGCAACUCACUGAAGGAGAAGCAGCAGCACUUUACAGAGGAGCAGAUCUGGAACAUCUUCAUCCAGAUGUGCUUGGCGGUGAGGUACCUUCAUAAGGAGAAGCGAAUAGUUCAUCGCAACCUGACGCCCAACAACAUCCUGCUGGGCGAGAAGGACAAAGUCACCAUCACCGACUUUGGCCUGGCCAAACAGAAGCGAGAGAGCUGCAAGCUAACCUCGGUGGUCGGCACCAUCUUGUACUCAUGUCCAGAAGUGGUGAAGAAUGAGCCGUACGGAGAGAAGGCAGACAUCUGGGCUCUGGGCUGCAUUGCCUAUCAGAUGGCCACUUUGGAGCCCCCCUUCUACAGCACCAACAUGUUGUCACAUGCCAACAAGAUCGUUGAAGCCAUCUAUCAGCCACUAGAAGAAGGUGCUUACUCGGACAGGCUUGAGGACAUGAUAGUAUGGUGUUUGAGUCCAGACGCGGACCAGCGGCCGGACAUUGUGGCGGUCAGUUCCAGGAUUUCUGACCUGAUGAUGAGGCUGAUGGACGGUCUCUACACCUCCCAGAAUGCGCUGGAAAAAAGAGCAGAAAGGUACAGGAAGCUAGCACAGAAGUACUUCCUGGACAAGCACAGGAGCAGGGAAACCUUGAGCCUCUCUGUCCUGCCUGAGGAACAAGACUUCAUGACUGCUGAGCUUCCAGUUGUGUACUUUCCUGCAAGUCCAAACCAGACUGAAAAGCACCUCAGUCUAGGUCAAGUCUCUCAGGAGGAUGUGGAGACUCUCAGGACCAGCAACUCUCCGAAAGAACACUACAGUCAGUCGUCCGUCCUUAUGAAGGUUUUAAAUGAAAGCGGUUCACAUUCUUCUCAGUUGAAGUGGUUUACAUGUUACAGCGUCAAAGUCUGCUGCCUCUGUUGCUCGUCAACAACGUCCAUGUGGGCAAGUGAAAAUCCUUGUUGGCACUUGAAGCUGCUUCUGAAAGUAUUUUACUCACAUUCUUUGGUGCUCUCAGAAAGGGUUCAUCUCUUGGAAGGAUGGACAAUAAAAAUUGUAAGAGGUCAGUGGACCCAGAAUUUUUGGAGACCCUCUUUAGAGGAAAUAAAAGAUCUCGUCUACCAAACUCUUCCAGCCACGCCAGGGAUCUGUGUCUCCCAGAGGAAGCUUCGCCAGAUCCAGGACCCCAUCCACAGACUCCUGGCCCAGCUGCACAAAGUGGUCUACAUCACUAUGCUUCCACCUGCUCCUCAUCACGACGUCAGGAGGAGGCUUGUGGAAAGGUUCCAAAAGUCCCUUUUCCAGUCCGGGAGUGACGCGCGGCGACUAAGAGGAACUCGGCAAGGUCGGAACCUCUCACCAAAUAUUCAAAAAAUGUUGCUGACUCAGCUGGGUUCCCCUGCAGCUGAUGCAGGCCUCAUCAGAACCCGUGGAGUCAGGCUCCGGCAGUCCCUUACGCCGCGCCAUGGAGACGUCCAUCCCCAGGAAGACUCAGGUGACGGUCUGGGAGGAGGAGUCACGUACCAGCACAUGCAGGGGAUCGUGGAGGAGCUGCUGGAGGACAACGGCUACUACGAAGCCACGCGCACCAGCAGCUAAAAGAAAGAAGAGACGGAAGCCCUUUCUCGAUAUUUUCAUCGUUAUCUACCGUGGAUUGGGAAGUUUUAAGACUGGCAAUGCCCGAUUUCCUGUGGCGUGAUCCUUCACCGGUGGAUAAACGCGUAAAAGGAAG